GCACAAAAGCGAUCCAGGCUAUGCAAAGACCAAAAUUGAUUCUAAUCUAAAACCUUAGAAAGAAAAACAUAAACUUGAGUGUGUUUGUUCACUUUCAUCUCCAUUAUGAGUGAACCAGUGAAGGAUGCUAAUCAAAACCAAUAUCCGUAUGAGCAGCAGCAGCAGCAGCAAGUACCACCGCCACCGCCACUGCCACCGCCUCAUCAGUAUGGUACUUUUCAGGGAGUUCAAAACUAUCCUCCUCAUCCGGUAACCGGCUUCCCUCAACCUUCUCCACCAGGUGGACCUCCGGUCAACCCUUAUGUUUACGCCCACCAGCACCAACCCGUCCCAGGUUAUGAUGUUGCUGAAGGAAGACCUGUGAGUGAACAUCGCCUUCCUUGUGGUGGUAUCGGUAUAGGAUGGUUUUUGUUCAUUAUUGGUUUCUUCUUAGCUGCAAUCCCUUGGUAUGUUGGAGCAUUCAUUCUACUAUGUGGUCAGUAUGAUGCUAGAGAGAAACCUGGAUAUGUCGCAUGCCUAAUUGCCGCUAUUCUUGGAACGAUCGCUGUGAUUUGCGGCGUUGCUACAAUUUGACGGGCUGGCAUUUGUGGUUAGUUGUACAGAUGCAUAUAUGACAUCAAUCAAGUGGAUGGUCCUUUCUGUUUUUAAUCAUAUUAUAUGCGAAUAAUUUGUAUUGUGCAAGUGUUGUAUGUUUCUUUACCUAAGUUGUUAAUUGUAUUUGUCUGAUGCAUAUGGAGCCUUUACAUCAUGCUAAGUUGUUAAUUGUAUUUGUCU